CCAUCGCCGCUGCGGAUCCACCGGGGGAACUUGUCCAACUUUCUCCAUCCCUGCCACCGGGACUCAUUGCCAUGGCCCCCGCCAACUCCUCCCGCAACUUCUCGGCCCCGGAGGCUCGGAACGGCUCAGCAGCAGAGAAGCCAGCACCGUACACCAAUGUGAUCAUGCCUAGUCUCUUCAGCAUCAUCUGCUUCCUGGGCAUUGUGGGGAACCUCAUCGUCAUCUACACCAUUGUCAAGAAGAAGAAACUGAGAUGCAAACAGACCGUGCCAGAUAUUUUCAUCUUCAACCUCUCCAUUGUGGACCUCCUCUUCCUCUUGGGCAUGCCCUUCCUUAUCCACCAGCUCCUAGGCAACGGUUCAUGGUACUUUGGAGCUCCUCUAUGCACCAUCAUCACCGCUUUGGACACAAACAGCCAGAUCACCAGCACCAACAUCCUUACAGUGAUGACACUGGACCGCUACCUGGCGACUGUGUACCCCCUAAAAUCUACUUAUGUCCGCACCCCCUGUGUUGCAGCUCUGGUUAUCUGCUUGGUGUGGCUCCUCUCCUUCCUGACCAUCAUUCCCGUGUGGAUGUAUGCAGGUCUUAUGCCUCUGGAGGAUGGGACUGUCCGCUGUGCUCUCUUGCUUCCCAACCCAGAGACUGAUAUCUACUGGUUCACCCUCUACCAAUUCAUGCUGGCAUUUGCUGUGCCAUUGGUUGUGAUCUGUGUGGUCUAUUUUAAGAUCCUCCAGCACAUGGCCACCACCGUGGUCCCAUUGCCCCAACGGAGCCUCCAGGUGCGUACAAAAAAGGUCACCCGCAUGGCAGUUGCCAUCUGCUCAGCCUUUUUUAUCUGUUGGGCUCCCUUCUACAUCCUCCAGCUGGUUCACCUCGGCAUCGACACACCAUCCAUGGCCUUCUUUUACGCCUACAACUUUGCCAUUAGCUUGGGCUAUGCCAACAGUUGCCUCAACCCCUUCCUCUACAUUGCCCUCAGUGAGACCUUCAAGCGCCAGUUCUUAGUGGCCAUCCGCCCUGCCAAAGAGCCAUGUCGCAACAGCAGCUCCAUCAACAACAACAGCGUGACAGAGGCCAGCGUGUGUCUGAAGCUGGCACCGGAAUCCACUCAGCAGACCCAGUUUCUGGAGGACUUCUCCCCACGUUCAGUAGCUCUGCCUGUGACUGUGGCUGUUCACUAGGGCACUCUGAAGCGACCACCUUCAGAUCUAUGAGUUGAUGGAGAAGCAGCAGCUUCAAGCAAUUCUUGGUGAAGCGUAUGAACUGCAAGCUUCCACCUCCGAGAGUCCAGGUGCCUCUUUGUCAUUGCAGGGCUCCGCUCCUACGCUGCCCUUGGCCUGUGAGAUACUGCAUACUGCUGCGUCUUUCCCCUCGUGCAUGGGAGGGCUCUGUCACACGAGACACUGAGCCCCCAAAGAGGAUGAAUAGAAAUGAGAGAAAGGAUUUCAAGGGGGAACAUUCACCCUGGAAGAAUAAAACCUUCAUCAACACCACUGGCUGGUGAUUCCUCACCUCUGGGCCUGAUUGGGGUUCCUAAGCAGCAUGUCGAUAGAGAGCUUCUUCAUUCAAAACUUAAACCUUUGAAACACAAUGUCAUAUAUUUACUUUUGAUAAGCAAUCUGACCUGCAAGCUUUGCUGACUGGGCUCAUGUCCUAGAAGCCAAGAAUAGAGAGAGAUCUUGGGGCCACAAGUCUCACCUAGGUCUGUCACUUGGCCUUUUGUUCCAUCUGCCUCUUGUGGACUCUACGGUUUGGCAACCAGGACAUCUUCAAGAACUGGCUAAUUUUGAUGCUAAUCCUACGUAUUUCAGGAAAAAAAAAACAGCAGUUCCAAUUGCACUGCUUCAAAGGACUGCGAACAAUAACCAGAACUACUGCUGCUAACACCAGCUUUGUGGCUUUUCAUGGCAACGAGCAGGUUCUCACACCGCUCACUCCUCAUACUGCUCUUGUGCCUUGAAGCCUGCAUGGCCAUCGGGGAGCCCCAUGCAGAGGGUUUGGAACGGGACUGAAAAGCACAGUGUGCAGAGAUCUGCGGGGUGAGGAGCUGUGAACAGGCAGCUCAGAGGAAGCAGAGUUGCUUAUGCCGCUUUCUCAAUGCUUUACAAAGUGAAAAGAGGGAAAAUUAAAUGUCUGUGUUUUGUAUGUGCAGCUUUAACAGUCGGAGGUUAGGAAAUAGCUGAAAUCAUUACAAAAGACUAGAGAAAAGACAGCACAGAUGAGCUUAACACAGGGGAUUACACUGACAGCCUGUGCAGGCCUCUGAGGGGACCGUGCAGGCAUUGUUCAGCAGUGUCAAACAUGGAGGAACUGGUUACUGUAGAUGAAUUUAAUAUAAAGAAGAAUUAAAACCAUUAAACAGCACAAGAGAAUUUGUUACCAUGCUUAUGGUUUUGUGCCACCAGCCACCCACUGCAUA